AUGCUCUUCAUGCUUGGCCUCAACCGCUAUCCCCCCAAAGAGGUUCUCCUCAAAAUUAUGGCUGGCCCAGCACCGGCUAACGAAAAGGCUCUUGACUACCUGUUGGCCAAUUUCAGCAAUCAUUAUUCAGAUUUCAGAUCUGAUGCGUUCCCGGACGUUGCGUUUUUGCCAGCGACAAAAGGCGGAUCGCGGGUGUUGGUCAAACCUGGCGAGGCCUUUUCGAAUCCCGACUGUGCUAUACUCGGCUUUGCUGUUGCUAUUCCGAAGAUAGCAAGCCCAGAGAAUGCCAGUAAACUCGGUGUGCGGAGGGAUCCACCUAUGGGACAGCUCGUUAUCGCCUUGGUCAACAAUGUGCCGAUGGACAUUCCCACAGCGACUCGAACUUUUGAGUAUAUGAGUGCAUACGUAAACCAGACUGCCCCGUCGUUUCUUGCCGAUACUCCUCUGAUCCCUGUCAAAACUGCGUCAGGUAUCAAGCUUCACAAGCCCUCUCAGGUCUACUUCCACAGUAAAGAACGAUCCGACAAUGUCUACGCCUCCGCUUUUACGUUCGUCGACUUUGGGGACAAGGCCAAUGUGUUCCUCCAGUAUUGCGGAGUCCGCAGAGAGCCAAGCGUGCAAGAUAUUGCAAAACUCUUCAUGGCAAACCCUGAUGAUAUGCUUCGACAAGCGGGCUCGCCGGAGAAAUAUCUCGAGCAAAUCAGGCUGUUGGCAACCAACUGGAGCCGUUUGGACAGCCAAACAAAGAGUGCCAUGCGAAGCGCCAAAUUCUUGCUUGCCUCCCAGCUCGUGGCUGUCAAAAAGAAAAGUCAGUCUUUGUUUGGGCAGACGACUGAGCAAGGAGACGAGUAUGAGCGGGAAUGGGUCCUUGCAAGAGCUGGAGAGAUUGUCAUCAAUGACAAUAUAGUCUUUUCACAGUACUUUGGGCCAUUCAUCUUGGCAGCUCCAGAGGAAGCACUACUCGAGAACUUCUACUCCGUCCUUGGAUCUCAACAGCUGUCUUCUUUCGUUCGCACAAAACACGUGUCGACUCCCGUUUCCUCCCAAGCGGCGUCUGCUCAAUCGAUAGCGCUUCGUCGACAUGUCCUUGAACGGCUCACUAUCUUCCUUACGGACCGACGGAAGCUUGCCAGCUAUAGCAUCGACAGCCUUACCAAAGACGGCAAUUUCCAAGUUGAGGAAUGUCAAUCUUUGAAGGUGCAGCGCACUUACAAGAAUGGAAGAGUCGAGAAGACGCACACAGAAAGUCUAUAUGCGAUUGCGGCGCCUGGAAGGACCAGGGGAAGCAUCGUUCUGACUGUCUCAUUGAGUGCCCAAAAAGACGACUAUGAUAUCGCGUCAGCCCUAUGCGAGAUCCUAUUCAAGACACAGAAAGCCGACGACGCUCUGUUGCUCUAUUCCAUCUUGACGACUCCCCUCAUAGCCUUGCGGAAGCGGGGCAUCAACGUCGACAGGAUACUCAAUCAACAGAAGGAAGACAAGAUCAGAUUGCAGGCAGAGCUGCGCGAAAGAGACAUCAAGGCAGCUGAAAAGGCAGCUGAAGACACGAAGACUCUGGGAAACAGACAUAGCCUGGAGAGUACCACAGGCUCCGAAAAGUCGGAGAAGAGAGGGCUGUUUGGCAGAUUCGGAAGAGGUUCUGCGAGCAAGGAUAAGGAAGAGUUGAGGAUGCCAGGAGGAAUGCCCGGCAUAGGGCCCGGUAGCGGCUUGGAAAGUUUGCCACAGAGCAAGGUGCUUGAUGAGCUGCGCCAUGGCCUUGGCGGCAGGCAUGCAUCAGGAGCCGAAGGUUAUAGUCGACCUGGUACGUACGCGCCGGACCAGAAGCAAACUGCAAGACCAACAGAUUUGUCCGAUAUCCGCGCAACCGUCAAAGAGGCCAUGGAUGCAUCAAGGCCGGAGACUGCUACACGUAUCCAAGAUAGUCGGAAGGCCGUGAACAAUGUGUCGGAAGCGCAAGGAGACUAUUGCGAUACUACAGCUGAAGUCAGCCUGAAGCUGGCGUAUGAUACAUCCCAACAGUACGGAUUACCGUUACAAAUUUGGUGUCCUACAGAUGUUCAGGAUGUAGACAGUUACUUCGGGGACAAGUUGGAGGCCUGUAUGCGGUUCUCGAAUGAGGUACUCAUCCCCUUGUGUCAAGUUUUCAUGCUCAAACCGGCCGUUCUGAACGUGUUCUGGGACCAUGAGGGCCCUUUGAUAGCUUUCAAUCGAGGAGGUGCUAUCCAUUGCAAUGCUCGCUAUUUCCAAGCAUGGCAUGACCAAUCGUGUCAACAGGGAAACCAUGUUGAUGCUUGGGUCUCCAAUUAUUUCAGCAUUGCUCACGAACUUGCCCACAAUUUAGGCAUGUCCCAGUGGCUGCACUUGUACGAUUUGGCUGACGGAAGUGCGUAG